AUGCAUUUCCAAUCUCUCUUCGUCUUCGCAGCCGCCAUCCUCGUGGGCCAGGCCGCGGCCCAGUCCCCAACAGUUAGUAGCAAGUGCACCCAGGUACCGAACUGUACCAAGGACAAUGUCGGCGUAGCCUGCAAAGUCACCUGCGAGGAUUCACCUGGCGGCACUCGCGUCACCUCGGGAUUGUGCAAAAAGAGCCCUUUCGGAUUCAGCUGCACUCCCUAA